AUGGAAUCCUCAAAGGUCCCCGUCAAGCUUGUGAAGGUCACCCGUGUCUUGGGCCGUACCGGUUCCCGAGGAGGUGUUACUCAAGUCAGAGUCGAGUUCAUGGACGAUACUACCCGAAGCAUCAUCCGCAACGUCAAGGGCCCAGGUACGAAUACAUUACACACCUUUCUUUACAGCAGUCAAAGGAUUGGAAGAAUGGAGACCGCAGAUUGAAGGGCAUGACUGGAACAGAGAAGAAGCUAACAUUCAAACCCCCUAGUCCGCGAAGACGACAUUCUCUGCCUGCUCGAGUCUGAACGUGAAGCUAGAAGAUUGAGAUAGGUGCUGCUUCUUGGGAGUCGGGAAAAUGGGUUUUCGUUAAUGCAAGCAUUUGCUGCGGGGCUGGUUGUACCACGAGAUAUUUGAUGAAGGAGCUAAGGCACAUCGUCACAAUACAAAGCUCUUUCCAACAUGGAUGAUUUGCACAGCAAGAAUGGCAUAUUGAAUCGAGACUCUUGGCUUGGACAUUGUGAUUGAGACUUCGAAUUGUUGGGGUUCUCGCUACCAGGGCGAAAUCUAUUUUGAGUACAUGAUGGACGGAAUGCAUAC